AUGGAUGCAGGCUCGGAGGUUGAAUUUGAAAGUUUCUUCCAAAGCAGUAGCAACAGCGAAGAAGAGACAGAAGACUCUUUCAGCGUCCUUGAUUCAAUCCAAGUAAGUUGUGAUGAUAUGAUUUUUUUUAGCUCAGACAAUGCUUGCCGUAAAGAUAACACUGCAGGGGAGGAACCCGAUGUAUCCGAGUCCUUAGAACAGGAAAAUCAAACAUUCUACGACUUCAACUCGGACUCAUCUCGGAUUCCUGAGAGUCCUGAAGAUGGAUGCAAAGCCAUGAAUGCUAAUUCUACAAACAGCAUCGGUGUAACAAGCACUGAUGAAAACAAUCCCAAUACUUUUCCUCAAAAGCGCUUAUCUUUGGAUUCUGAUCAUAUCUUGGAUAUAGAUCUUGGCGAAGGAGGGAACACCAAUGAAGAUAUGAUGUUUUCAGGGUUUACAACAGGAUCUAAAAAGAAGAUCCAGGUGCGAAGGGAGAGUAUUCGCUCAGCAUAUAAAAUAUUCGAAGAUGGAAUGGAAAAAGUAGAUACAAAUGGAGAAGCGCAGGACAAUUUAUCUCGAAGAGUGGAGAGGGAAGAAGUAGAAAUAGAUCCUGAGAGGGUUUAUAGGGAGAUGAAAAAGAGGUUUCCUGCAGAAGAUACGAACCGAGUUUUUGCUCAGUUUACAUGGGCGUGGAUUUAUUUUUUCCUUGGGAGGAGACGGCUGGAGUUUAAUGAUUUUGUAGAUAGAAUAGAAGAGCAGGUUAGGAUAAGACUAGAGAAUGAGUAUUCUGUACUUCGGAGAAUUCUGGAGGGGGACGAUGUCCCUUGGAGAUAUAUGAUCCUCUUGGUUGUUGGAAUAGAUGGAGAAAAGAUUGAGGUAUUUGAUGGAUAUCACAGUCUCUAUGCAUCAUAUGACGAGGCUCUCCAAAAAAAGAUAGAAAAGAAGGAGAUCCGAGUUGGAUUUAGACUUAAGGUCUUUGGGGCAGAUCUUGAGGGAAGCACGCCAAUAUCCAUUUUUGAUUGUGAGAAUGUCCGUCUUAAGCUGCAUUACAAUGGAGUCCGAGUAGUCCAUUCCAAGAGAAGACUUGGAUAUAGAAAAAGAAUAGGGUUCAGACUUAAGAUAUCGGAAAUCCUUAGCAAUGGAGGCCCUGUCUGCUGCAUUGAAGGGGUUGUUAUAAAGAUCAUCGAAACAAAGUAUUUUGUAAAAGUGGAGAAUUAUAGCAAUACAACUGAUGAUCUCGAACCCGAACUGGAUAGAAUAGAAGAUCUCGCAAGGAAAGCAGAAAGAGUCUUUUCGUCGCAUGAUGUAAGGAUCACUAUGUAUACCAAGCUACUGGUCAGAGAUAGUAGCGGAGAAUGCACAGUGACAUGGUGGAAUCCUUCCCCAGACAUCAAAGUUGGACAGGCCAUUCGGAUGUUUUAUCUAAAUCCUUCGAGAUCCAAGGAGCUUCACCUUAAUACUAAUAGAAGAGGGUAUAUUAAGCUUCUUCCUGAGAAUCCAAAGAGAGGGUAG